GGGGGACAGGACACAACUCUGCUGCCAGAUUCCAGGGGUGGAGAACCUGAGCAACUCGGUGGAGAAGUGGAGCUGCUGGAGCUGAGGUAUGCAGAGGUUUUUUUCCCCGAAGGAGGAGGAGCUGAGCAAAGGAAAGGAGAGUGGCCAGAGAAAGGGGUGCAUCAACUGGCUUCAGGCGUGAAUGCUCUUGUAGGAUUUGGCUCCCUGGAGAAAGGAAAAGAAAAACACUUCUUGCAGAAGAACACUUGCAGCAGGUCCCUCAAAGGAGACGUGUGGACCAUGUUGGCAGCCCGAGAAGCAGCAGCCCUCUACCAGACCGAUUUUGUGCGCAAUGCCAGGGCAGUGGGCGCUCUCUGGGCUGGCUGUAGCCUGUGCUUUGGCAUCUUGGAGGUGGUGGUGCUUAUCCAGCCAGCAUGGGUGCAGACAGCACCUCUCACCUACCAGCUGCCAAUCUCCGGGGCCCUCUCCGACCCCAGCGUGAGCGCCGUGGGCUCCUUCGGCCUCUACCAAGUCUGCACGGAGCAGGACGGGGUCCUUGAGUGUGAGGGAUCGCUGGUCACCCUAACCCCCAUCCCAUCUUUCAAAGCAGCUGCUGUCUUCGUCCUGAUGGCCCUGGUGUUGGUGAUGGGCAGUGUGGCCUCCCUGGGUCUUUUCUGGGUCUGCAGUGCAGGGACCGUCUACAAGGUGUGCGCCUGGCAGCAGCUUUCAGCAGCAACUUGUCAGGCUCUUGGCUGCCUGGUCUUCCCAGAUGGCUGGGGGGCGCCAGAGGUGAGGGCUCUGUGUGGGCCCCAGGCCAGGAGCUACACCCUGGGUACCUGCUCGAUCCACUGGGCCUUUACUCUCGCUUUGCUGGGCAUCGCUGAUGCGUUGGUUCUGGCCACCCUCGCUUUUGUGCUGGGAAACAGGCAGGACGCUCUCUUGCCUGCGGGUUACACACCACCCCGAGAGGGAAGAGGUGUGACUUCAGCGCUGACUCCAGAUUGAUCCCAACCAGCAAAUAUUCUUCAGAGUUGGAUAUGUCAUGGUUUUGCUGUACCCGUUGCAAUAAAUUUUAGAAAACGCUAAUGUUA